AUGUCUUCGCCUCAGCAACGACUUUCCUCUAUCUCGAACCAAAUCUCGGGUUCGACCGCUGCAUCCUCCAGGGAGAAGUUGCUGGCCAAAAACCCUGACGAUGUGGUAAUAACCCUCGCUGUUCGAACUCCGCUCACAAAGGCGAGGAAAGGUGGUCUUAAGGACACUCGUCUGGAUGACCUGCUAAUUUCCCUAUUGACGAGUGUGCGCGAAAAGUCCAAGCUGGACCCUACCCUUGUUGAAGAUGUCUGUGUUGGCAACACUCUUUGCCCUGGACAGGCAUACGUUGCCCGUUCUGCUGUGCUUGCGGCAGGAUUCCCCGCUUCUACUGCCGCAUCUGUUACCAACCGUUUCUGCUCUUCUGGGUUGCUGGCAAUCCAGAACAUUGCGAACCAAGUUAUUGCUGGCUCGAUCGAUGUUGGUAUUGCCGUUGGCGCAGAGAGCAUGAGCACCAAUGCCGACGGCGGUGCGCCAGACCUGUCUAAUUCGAUUCUGUCGCACCCUCUUGCUUCGCAGAACACGCAGCCCAUGGGUCAGACCUCUGAGAACGUUGCCGGUCAAUUCAGUAUCUCUCGUGAGCAGCAUGACCAGUUCGCUGCCAACAGCUACCAGAAAGCAGAGGCCGCUCAGAAGGCUGGCUGGUUUGAGGACGAGAUCGUCCCCGUCAAGACGCAGAUUAAAGAUCCCAAGACUGGCGAAAUCAAAUCCGUUGUUGUUGACAAGGACGAUGGCAUCCGCUAUGGCACAACUGCGGAGUCGCUGGGCAAGAUUCGGUCCGCGUUCCCUCAAUGGCAGCCAAGCAACACCACUGGUGGCAAUGCCAGUCAGAUCACCGAUGGCGCUGCGGCGGUCUUGCUCAUGAAGCGAUCUCGCGCGGAGGAACUCGGGCAGCCCAUUAUUGGCAAGUUUGCUGGAGCAACAGUUGUUGGCUUGGAGCCCAGAAUCAUGGGCAUCGGUCCCUCGUUGGCCAUUCCUAAGAUUCUUUCCAAGUUCGGUUUGACCAACAACGAAAUUGACAUUUUUGAGAUCAACGAGGCAUUCGCUUCCAUGGGUGUAUACUGUGUUCAGAAGCUAGGCUUGGAUAUUUCCAAGGUGAAUCCUCGCGGUGGUGCCAUUGCCUUUGGCCACCCGUUGGGAGCAACAGGCGCACGCCAGGUUGUUACUGCUCUAUCAGAACUGCGACGGCAGAACAAGAGAGUGGCUGUAACCUCCAUGUGUGUUGGAACGGGUAUGGGCAUGGCCGGUAUCUUCGUUUCCGAACACUAGACGAGCAAUGUGUAUGACCUACUGUAUAGCCUGUAAAUAAUAUAUCUCAAUGAAUUUGGUUAGACAGGGAACUUCCUCAAAGCUAUCACGGUAUCAACUUGGCAGUGUCUGUGGAGGCGAACGGAGUCGAGUGUGGGCGGAUAUUCCCGACUAAGAUAAUUCUACUGGAGGCUGUAUACAAGAGCGAGGUUUGAUUUCGCUAGCUGGCCAACAUUUCAACAAUAAGGCAAUAUGUUUGUCGUUACAUAAUAAAAUACCAGUCUUCACAGAGCACUUAGCCCGUGCCAUGCUUUGGAAGGAAGCAUUGCUCAACAAACAUCA